GGCGUAUUCUUCAGACAGCGGCUCACCGGGGGCGGUUUUGCUCAUCCAGUAUCCUACUAAAAACCAAAGGCGCUGCGAUUAUUAUCACCGCUCUGUAGUGAAAAUACACGCAUGUUGGCAUUUUGAUAAUAAUCGCGGCGCCUUUGGUUUGCAUUGCGUAUGUUCUGAAUCAGCGCCAUCAGGUCGUGGCUGUGGUUGCAGAUGUUGAUGCAGCACUCCUCGGCGCCUUCCGGCAAAGUGUCGCGAGUAAGCUUCUGAAGACGCCGCGGGUCAGAAGCAAAAUACGCAUCAUCGUCUUCGUCACUGCUGAUGCCCUCGACAUCGGAGUCGUCAUUUUCUCCUCUUUUCUUCUUCUUAUCAUCCAGGCGCUUGGUCUUGCUCAGCAACCACAUCAACUGGUGUUUGUGUUUUUGCAAAAACGCGGCAUGUUAAGGAGAAACAAGUGAUAGUUUGUUCACUAUGAUCAUAAAAAGAAACAGGAUCGCAGCGGUUAUGAUCGUUAAGCUUGUCCAUUGGUGAUCUGACGGAAAAAAAGCACGUAUAUAUAAAAAAUGCAGUGUGCCACGUUCGAUCGGAACUUGAUGCAGCAAUAGAUCCAAGAUGUUCGUUGCAAGCGUUCCUGAAUUUCUCUCCACUCGAAGUACUGCAGUUCGCACUAAGAUUGACGGAUGAUUUUUAUAUUGAUUUGAUGACCGCAAAAAUCUAUGAUCAGAUCAGUUUUAUGUAGGACGACUCGAGUUUUGAUUCUUGUAAUUUAGUCGAAGCGUUUAUGAAACUCAGAUAGCAACCACACACCGCACCUUUUUAGCCCUUAAACUCCCUAUGGCAUUCUUCCGGAGAACACUAGAAUUCAUCCUCGGCAGCACCCGCAGCAUGGCGGUAGGAACUUCGACUUACGUCGCUCGUCAGCCCGGCGUAGAAGCUGCAGCUGCCUCUACCAUCCAGCCACUUCUUCCACCCUGUUUGUACCGCAUCGCUGGCACCCACCCCUGGGUGCAACUGCAGGGAUAUCUGAUUUUGCCUCCCGACCGGGCUAGCAACCUAGAGGUGACUUCUUCGAGGGGCGGGGACGGCGUCCGCCAGAGACGAGGUGAAGAUGGAUCCGCAGAAGUACCGCCUCCAAACGGGUCCGCCAUCCUUGUGGACCCCCCAGACGCGGACGAGACAAGCAUCAGCGCCGUAAAGCACUUUCUGCAGCAGAAAAACCGGACCGCCACCCACCUGUUGCUUACGCAUAACCAUCUUGUGCAAACCAGCGACUACGCGAAGUGGCAAAGAGAGCUGGGGGGAGCUCUAACCGUUGUCGCCACCGACGUGGAAAUCGGGAAGAAGUACACGCACGAGCUGGUUCUCGCAGGCGACCUCAAAGAUUCGAAAUCGUCGAUACAAAGAAGAGAAGACUGUGCGCCCCCGAGUAGCUGCAGGCAGGCACCUGUAGGAAGCGAUAACUUGAAGCGUAUCGUCGAAACCUCCUCCAACACGUCACUCCAUCCGUCGCGUGAAGAGCGCUCAGGGGGUCGUUUUGUCAUUCUCAAGAACGGCGGUUUGCCGGCACACAAGUGGUUUCCUCUUUUCGAAAGCGUCGGUAGCGGGUCUACUUCUACCGAGCAGGGAUCUGCUGCAGAUGCCUGCCCGCACUACAAAAUUCGCGUCAGCGCUGCGGUGAUCCCCGGUCACCGGCCGGGACAUUUGGCGUUUCUGUACGAGCAUACAGAAGUAGAAGCGACAUCAGAUGCAGCACGGCCGGGACUAGUGGAUUCCUCUUCGGAGAAAGCGGUCGCGAGCUUGCCAUCGGUCCCAGGAUUUCGUGCUUGCGAUUACAAAUCGAAUGGUUGUGCCCACCUCUCGUUGCUGUUCGGGGGAGAUACCAUUCACCCGUCAUCCGAGCCCUUCGCGGAGGAAGAUGUGCGUAAACAGGUGCGCAGUGUUGCCUGGAUGCGGGACAGCAUCGGGGCAUAUUUGUGGCCGCAUCGUGAUGUUCCAAGUGCUGGAGAAAGUGAUUUUGUUGACAACGACUCCAUGAAACCCCGAGAUCAGUACAGCCCUAUGCCAGCUCCCAGCGCCAUUCUGUGUACGCACGGGGACCACUGGAUCGCUUCGGGUGUUGCGCGUCUGAACGAUGUGUCAAAUGCAAAAAUGUCUGGGUCUGGAAGAAUGCAACUUGUCAUGCUAAAUCUGAAUCAGGCAUAAAACUGUGUUGCAUGAUUGCCAAAAGUUGUGCAGUUUUGACCUAAUCGAGGGGCAGUUUCUCAUGCAGGAUAGGCAUUAGAAAGGUCUCGCGGAAUCUGUCAUGUUAUGUCCUACAUAUCAGACCUCAUGGGUCAUGGAAAACCUGCAUGACAAAUCUGGCAGUCUUCCAGACCCAGGCGUUUUUGCAAUCCAUACGAUGGGGACGGGGGGACCACAGCAGCAGCAGCUUUUCGGGCGAAGAUGACCGAGCACCUGGAGGGCUACAAGACCUACCGGAAGCUGAAACGGGAAGGGGAGGAGUUAUAGCGGAGCAUGAUUUGGAAAUCUGUAAGCUGCUACGAGGAAAGUGCUGAUGUUUAGCAACGAUCUUUCUGUGUCGACUUUGGCUCUACUUUUUGCCUUCCUUAAGUGUUGAAUCAAUGUAUGUUGCAACAUUGCAGUAUUUUUGAAUAAGGUUUUUGUAGGAUGAGAGGAUACAUCUUGUAGGAUGACUCAGAAGCAUACCCUGCUUCGCACCACCGGAGCAGCCGUGGGAUUGUAUUUGAACGAGGACUCAGAGAGUUUUAAGUCUCGAUAAAUUUUGUGAUAUUAUACUGUUGAUGGUGGAGCUUGCUCUUCCAAAAAAGAAACCAAAAACUUAGCUGUUGCCAAAAAACCAAAAACUUAGAAGAAAAACAUAUUAGACGAGUUUGGAGUUGCAGCCAGGUCCGGUCGGACAAAGAU